AUGACUAGUUUUGCCGAUGAAACGGCUCCGAGGACGGCAUUCGUUCAACGCUGCGGCAACUACAUCACAUCCGGGCAUGUAAAACCUUUUGAAAAAGAUCCUAAAAUUAUUGGCGGGCAGGCUAUUUCAAUACAAGAUGCACCAUGGCAAGUGUCCGUUCGUUUGAAGAUAUACGAUGCCCAAAUGUAUGGUUAUGGUCAUAUAUGUGGUGGUUCGGUAAUAUCUCAACGUGUGAUUGUAUCAGCGGCACAUUGUGUUCUUAAUCAAAAUGUUCAACCCAUGGCAUUUCGUAAUCCCGAUGAAUUCACUCUGGUCAUGGGCUCGGCAUAUUUAUAUCAAGCACCAGCGUAUACCCUACAAUAUGAUGUUCUGCAAAUUGCCGUUCAUCAGUAUUUCAAUUUGACGACGAUGGUCAAUGACAUUGCCCUGUUUAUGAUAAACGGUUAUAUACCAUGGUCAUGGCCGACAGUGCAGGCUAUACCGCUGAAUACAUGGCCCGAGCCAAGUGGGACUAUGUGUACCAUUUCAGGAUGGGGUAAGACGAGUACAUAUACGGACGCUGUAUCGGGUAUCCUUAUGGAAGCAUCGGUUCCCAUUGUCGGCUAUGCCACAUGUGAUACAAAUUAUGGCAACAUAUCAAUGGGUAUGCUAUGUGCUGGAUAUAUGGUAAAUGGUGGUGUCGAUGCAUGUCAGGGUGAUUCUGGUGGUCCUUUGGUGUGUAAUGGUUAUUUGGCCGGUGUUGUCUCGUGGGGUUAUGGUUGUGCCCAACCCGGUUAUCCGGGUGUCUAUACAAAUGUUUCAUAUUAUUACAAUUGGAUUGUAUCAUGGUUCAAAGCUAAUUUGAUCUGCCGGUCAAUGGGUGGCGUCUUAGCCUCAUUCGACAGUCCAGAGGAAAUCGAGGAACUUUCAGAACAUUUAAAAUCAAAUUAUCCCAAGGAUAGAUGGUGGUGGUUAUCAGGAUCUGAUUUACACUCUGAAGGCGAUUUUUAUUGGUACGGAACUGGCGAACGGAUUUCAUAUGCUGAUUGGUCGCAUGGUGAACCUGAUAAUGCCGGUGGCAAUGAGAAUUGUGUCCAUUUGUGGUACAAGGAACCUAAAUACCAAAUGAAUGACUGGAAGUGCAGAAUGAACGCAUUUUAUAUUUGCCAAACCAAGAAGCCAACGACAGUUGUGGUCAGCGUAUUCUAA